CUACAUCACAACAGUCUAGCUGUACACCAUCGUCUUCUGAUUAAAAGCAGUACAUCUAUUUGCUUUCUCCUUGAUACUGCAUUUGUCGUUUAGUUAUUUUUUGCUUCUUUUUGUGAAGCACAAGCCAAAGUUAUCACCCCACCUGCCGCGUGGCCACUCUGACCCGUUCGUACCUCUACUUGCCUAUCUACUACCUUACUCUUUGCUAAGGAGUCGACAAAGGUCUGUCUUGUGACUCUGCAUUAGAGAUAUAAAGUACGGGGAAGAAAGGAAGGAAGGAAGGGACACCGUCAGCGUGUUUUACUGACUCGUUGUCUUGUCCCACAUUAGGUAGCAAUUCAAGACAAGUUUGCCUUCCAUCGGUACGAUGGGUUCGAAUAAUCGCCAUACUAGGGCGGGCUCUAUCGACCCUUAUGCGAAUCCUGAUGUCUACUAUGGUGAUGAAACCCGGACUGUAGGUCGCAGGCGGGCAUAUUCAACGGUUAUACAUCCACGCGGCGCUGAAGAGAUAACAAAUCUUCUCAGAACGAGAAGAGGCAGCCAUGACGAAAUUCCAGCUCAGCCGCGCAAGUUUCUUAUCGAUGUCGAUGCCACACUGCACGCUUUAUUGGAGAGGGAGGAUACGGACAGAAACAUGCAGAUAACGAUCGAGGAUGUGGGCCCAAAGGUGCUGUUGCAUGGCUUCCCUUAAAAGGUAGGAUGCAGGAGGUCGCUGACGGAACCAGGUGUUUCCUGUCGGAACUGCUGCAUCGUCCGGAUAUCACAGCUUCGACGUACGGGGAACAUACAUGCUCUCCAAUCUUUUGCAAGAACUUACCAUCGCCAAAGACUACGGCCGGAAUCAAAUUAUCCUCGACGAAGCUAGGUUAGCGGAGAACCCGGUUGCGCGUUUAUCACGUCUAAUCAAGAAUUCGUUCUGGGAUGCCCUAACUCGACGGAUCGAUGGCUCCAACAUCGCCGUUGCGGGCAAAGACCCCAAGGAUUGGACCGAUGAUCCGCGGCCUCGCAUAUAUGUGCCACCAGGUGCACCCGAGCAAUACGAGUAUUACAAGAGCAUUGCUCAGUCGCAUCCUGAGUUGCGCUUGGAUGUGCAGCUUCUGGAAGAAAACAUCACACCUGAGUAUGUGAAGAAUCUUAACUCCAGGCCCGGUCUUCUUGCCUUGGCAAUGCAGAAGAAACGGAACGAAGCGACAAUGGAGACCGAGUACGUUGGAGUGCCAUUUGUAGUGCCGGGUGGCAGAUUCAACGAAUUGUACGGAUGGGAUAGUUAUAUGGAGUCCCUCGGUUUGAUUGCCAGCAAUAGGGUUGACUUAGCCAAAGCAAUGGUUAUCAAUUUCUGCUUCUGCAUUAAACACUAUGGGAAGAUACUCAACGCCAACCGGUCAUACUACCUGUUGCGUUCGCAACCACCGUUCCUGACCGACAUGGCGUUGCGUGUGUACGAAAGAAUCAAGAAUGAGCCUGACGCGCUGGAAUUCCUUCGGAAUGCAAUUCUGGCCGCUAUCAAGGAGUAUUAUACUGUGUGGGUUGCAGAGCCACGGUACGACAAGGCCACCGGUCUGUCCCGCUACCGUCCGGAAGGCCUGGGCGUUCCCCCAGAAACUGAACGGACCCACUUCAUCCACCUUCUGACGCCCUAUGCUAAGAAGCAUGGCAUGACAUUCGAUGAGUUCGUCCAAGCGUAUAACGAUGGAGUUGUUAAGGAGCCGGAGCUCGACGAUUAUUUCCUGCACGAUAGGGCUGUCCGUGAAUCCGGACAUGACACCAGCUAUCGUCUUGAGCGGGUAUGUGCCGAUAUGGCGACCGUGGAUCUUAACUCGCUAUUAUACAAAUAUGAGACAGAUAUUUCGCGGGUUAUUCGGGUCUACUUCAAGGACAGACUGCAUAUCCCUCCGGAGUUCCGUUCUCCAUCCACGCAGGAUGUCGAGUUUGAGGCGUCUUCCGUGUGGGAUCGCCGGGCGAGAAAACGAAAGGCCAGGAUGGAUACGUAUCUAUGGGAUGAGGAGAAGGGCAUGUACUUUGACUACAAUACGGUUAAGCGGGAGCGCUCAACAUACGAAAGUGCUACAACCUUCUGGGCCAUGUGGGCAGGACUCACUACCCCACGCCAAGCAGGCGAAAUGGUGGAGAAGGCGCUUCCUAGGUUGGAGGAGUUUGGCGGACUCGUUUCGGGAACUGAGGAGUCCCGAGGGCCCGUUGGACUUGAUCGGCCCAAUCGCCAGUGGGAUUACCCCUACGGAUGGGCGCCUCAGCAGAUGUUGGCAUGGACGGGACUUUUGCGCUACGGCUACCAAGGGGAAGCGGAAAGACUGGCGUAUAAAUGGCUGUACAUGAUUAGUAAAGCUUUUGUGGACUUCAACGGCGUCGUCGUCGAAAAGUAUGAUGUCACACGGCCAAUCGAUCCGCACCGGGUUGAUGCCGAAUAUGGGAAUCAGGGCAUUAACUUUAAGGGUGCCCCGAGAGAAGGAUUCGGCUGGGUCAAUGCCAGCUUUGUCUACGGCCUGGAUAUUUUGAAUGCAGGAAUGAAGCGCGCUCUGGGGGCAAUAACUCCAUGGGAAACGUACAGUAAGGCACUUGCUUCGCAAGCAUCUGCUUGAGACUUCUCUUGGAUCAAUUCCUUUUUUACGACACUUGGGCAAGGUUGGAGUACAUUAUUUGCCCGGGGGGAGUGUGCAUUCGGGGUAUAUAGACGGUGGACGCCUUGGGGAAGUGUCGAUCUGACAUGUCUCGCAGCAAACAGAAUGACGAUAAGCAUGUCUUGCUUCUUUUCUUGUCCGUGAUGACUCAUUCAUAACCGGCAACUGCUGUAUUACUAUGAAAUGAUGCCGUAGAUCAACCGAGCAAUAUCCGAAAAAAAAGGAGCAACGAAUAACUCCAGCGUUGUUUAUGAGCAUCCUAUCAGCGCAGGAGCAAGAGGGAAGGCAUUCAGAGGUAUCUCCGUAAUUCGGACCUUAGAGAACCCUCAUUUUCCCGAUCAGCAAGCAGACAGAGAUCUACAAUUGCCUAUUCUUGCCGUCAGAGAGAGCCUGAGGCUGCCGAUAAUUGGUCGGGCGCGGUACGGAAGCAGAGAAGUUGCAGCAAGCCGUCGGUCUUCCUGAGUCAUUUCUUUGAGCCGAGGUUGAGAAAUGCCCGAUGCAUUGUCUGUACGGAGUCCGCUGUAAUAAAUAACACAUAUUAAAUAGUAAAUAAUAAGUAAUAAGUAAUAUAACAGCGAAGCUACGGCCGGGGUAUAAGUAAUUGGUUCUCCUGAUAGGCCUGUCUUCCG